AUGGCCUUUACUUCUUCUGGUGGUGAUGAUGUCUUUUGUUCUGAUGUUGAUUCUCAAGCCUAUCGAGCGAUUAUUGGAGCGUUGCAUUACCUUACUUUUACCCGCCUAGAUAUUGCUUUUUUUUUUGUUGGGAAACUAUCUCAGUUUAUGCAUGCUCCCAAGUAUUGUCAUCUUGUUGCUGCAAAAAGGGUGUUGCGAUACAUCAAUGGUACCUUGGAUUCUGGUAUUUUGUUUUGCAAGAACGUUUCUGUGCAUCACUUUCUCAGUUUGACAACAUAUUCUGAUCCGGAUUGGGCAAGUGAUAGCCUUGAUCGUCGAUCUACCACUGGUUUUGUGGUUUUUCUGGGUUGUAAUCCCAUUUCUUGGGCUGCUAAGAAGCAAUCAACAGUUUUUCGAAGCUCAACUGAAGCUGAAUAUCAGACAUUGACUACUACUACUGCAGAACUCUUUUGGCUUUGA